CUGGAACAGAAGUUACGAAAACUUGGGAAAUUUUGCUGUUUCGUGCUAAAACUAAGUGAAAUUUGAUAGAUUUUCAAUAAUAACUAGGCAGACUUUUAGGAAUGGGGAACACGGUCUCUGCAGCCGAAAAGGUUGCUUCAAAUAUUGUGCCUAGCACAAUAAUGGCACAAGAAGCAACACUACCAAAAGGACACCCACCAGUUGGAGACAAAACAAAUAUGAUUGGUAAUCCGCCUCCUGAAUGUCCCAUGCAUCAGAAACAGCCACCUAAAGAGCAGCCAGUGCUGGUAUCAGAGUGCCCGGUAAAGCAUGAUGGUGCUGAAGUGAAUCCGCUUAACAUGAUGCCACCAGCGAAUCAAAAUCCAUCGCCAGGACAACCUUUUCCACUUCCCACCGAUCGACAGAUUUCCUCAAUUCCGAAAGCAACCACUGAUGGAAAGCAGGAGUUCUGGCUCUAUCCCAGUCAACAGAUGUUCUGGAAUGCUAUGCUGCGUAAAGGCUGGCGCUGGGAAAAAGAUGACAUUGCACCGAAAGACAUGGAUGAUAUCAUAAAGAUUCACAAUGCUAAUAACGAGCAAGCAUGGCAAGAAGUACUUAAAUGGGAAGCUCUGCAUGCACGUGAAUGUGGAAAUCCGCGAUUGAAGAGUUUCGGUGGAAAAGCUACUGAUUUUAGCCCACGAGCGAAGAUUCGCAACAUGAUGGGGUACGAGUUGCCUUUCGAUCGACACGAUUGGAUCAUUGAUCGGUGCGGAAAGGACGUGCGCUAUAUUAUCGACUAUUACGACGGUGGAAUGGUGGACGAAAAAUACAAAUUUGCCCUGCUGGAUGUUAGACCUGCUAUGGAUUCGUUUGAAAACGUUUGGGAUCGUAUGACGGUGGCCUACAUGCGAUGGAAGUAUGAACUGGAAGACAAAUUUAAGGAGUUGACAAAUUAGAUUGCUUUGCAAACAACCUAGCCAUGUAGCAGUAGAGUUUACAGAUUGUUCAACUACGAAUUACGCUUAUUCAAAUCAGAAAGUAACAAGCGGUUUAUAAAAGAGCACGUACGAUUCGAAUACAUACACUGUUCUCACUAAACUUGAUACAGCGGAUCACAUGUACAACUUAAAGCUUAAUCCAUUUAACAAUGAAUAUAGUCAACUCGUCGAAAUUAUGUGAGUGCUUCGUUUAUGUGUUACUUAACUAUUUAUCAUAUCCAAUGAUCAAAAUUGUUCACUUCUGGCAUGUUAAGUUCAAGCAAAACAUAAAAUUUAAAUAAAU